UGGUAUCAUCAAUGGAGCUUCACUACUAUCUCUACAUUCUCUCAAUAAACCUAUGCUUCUUGUUAUUGUUACCUGAAUCACUCUAUUCCCAACAAGUGUACCUAAAUGGAACAGUUUAUGAUUGCACUGAUACCCCUUCUACACCAAAAGGGUACCUUUGCAAUGGCCUCAAGAAAUCAUGCACUUCAUUCAUUGUUUUCAGGUCCAAACACCCUUAUGAUAACCCUGCAAGCAUUGCAUACCUUCUUGACUCUGAAGCAUCAAUCAUAGCCUCAAUCAACAAGCUCUCAAACAAUGCAAGAAUCCCUUCUAACAGACCCAUCAUUGUUCCUGUUUUCUGUUCAUGUCAUGGAAAUAUCUAUAGCCAUGAUGCUUCUUACACUGUCAAGAACAAUGACACAUACUUUGAAUUGGUAAAAACAACUUACCAAGGACUAACAACAUGCCAAGCAUUGAUGGGGCAGAACUACUAUCCCCCUAAUGGACUUCCAAUUGGUGCUGAACUCACAGUUCCUUUGUUAUGUGCCUGUCCAACAGAAAAUCAAACUUCAACAGGUGUCACUUCCUUAUUGGUUGAUUUGAUCAACUAUGGUGACACCUUGAAGUCCAUAGGAGAAUCUUAUGGUGUUGAUGAAGAAAGUAUGUUAGAGGCUAAUAAGCCACAAAGUAAAAAUAGUAGCAGCUUUAACCUCUUGGCCUUGACACCUAUCUUGGUUCCUCUAAGAGGAAAGAGUUGCAAAGAGGAUCCAAAUAGUUUCUAUUGUAACUGUUCUAAGGAAUUUCUUGCUGAUGGAAGCUUAAAGGGGAUUUAUUGUGAUGAGUCUGAUGGUCAAAAAUUUCCUGCCAAAUUGGUUGUUUGCAUUGGUGUUGGCAUUGGUGUAGGCUUUCUUUGUUUCUUUUUCUUGGGUUAUAAACUAUUCCAAUACAUACAGAAAAAAAGAGAAAGGAUUCACAAGGAAAAGCUAUUCAAACAGAAUGGAGGCUACUUGUUACAAGAGAAAGUGUCAUCAUCACAUGGAAAUGGAUCACAAAAGGUAAUAAUAAAGCUUUUCACAGCCGAGGAGCUUCAAAGAGCAACAGAUAACUACAACUGGAGCAGGUUUCUUGGUCAAGGUGGAUAUGGAAAAGUCUACAAAGGAAUGCUACCAGAUGGAACCAUAGUAGCUGUUAAGAGAUCUAAGGAGAUUGAGAGGAACCAGAUUGAGACUUUUGUCAAUGAAGUUGUCAUUUUAUCACAGAUUAAUCACAGGAAUAUUGUGAAGCUCUUGGGGUGCUGUCUUGAGACAGAAGCACCAUUACUAGUCUAUGAGUUCAUUCCAAAUGGAACACUUGCACAACAUAUUCAUAGCAAACACCAUGAAUCAUUUUCACCACUUUCAUGGGAUAGCCGGCUUCGAAUCGCAUGCGAGGUAGCCGGAGCAGUGGCCUAUAUGCAUUCUUCAGCUUCAAUUCCCAUCUUCCAUAGAGAUAUCAAACCUACUAACAUACUCUUAGAUAGUAACUAUAGUGCAAAAGUGUCUGAUUUUGGAACAUCAAGAUCAUUGCCACAAGACAAAACUCACUUGACAACACAAAUAGGAGGAACUUUCGGAUACAUCGACCCUGAAUAUUUCCAAUCUAGUCAAUUUUCGGAUAAGAGUGACGUAUAUAGUUUUGGAGUUGUGCUUGUCGAAAUCAUAACUGGGAAGAAGCCGAUUUCGUUUAUAGAAGAAGAUGAGGGUCAGAAUUUGAUUGCUGAAUUCAUUUCUGUGAUGAAGGAGAACAAAGUUUGUGAUAUCUUGGAUCCCAAGGUAUUGAAGGAAGCUAAGAAGGAUGAGAUUGUUGCAAUUUCAAAUCUUGCAAUGAGGUGUUUGAGGCUAAAUGGGAGAAAAAGGCCAACAAUGAAAGAGGUUUCAGCUGAGUUGGAAUCAUUGAGGAAGGUACAAAGUUCCAUGUUGGUUGAUAACCAUGAUCAUCAUCACGAUGAAUCAACAAACAAUGAUGAAAAAUUAUUGCAUAAACACAACAAUAGUUUAGUACAAGAAUAUGCAGAGGAGAGCAUUUUGCUGUCAUUACAAUUACAAAUGGAGUCCUCAUCCUUCUAAGAUGUUACAUUAAUAACUGAUUCUAUGUUAGUUAUGACUUGUGUUUCAAUUUUUGGUCAUUGUUUUUCAUAUGCAUGAAGUGUGUGUCCCCUAAGACCAUGACCAAUUUAACUGUCUUUUUUUCCCCUUCAU